UCCGUCAUAACGUCACGAGUGCGGAAGUGAAUCGGUUUGUCCUGGGCUGGCCCGCAUGGUGAGAAAUGGUGGCGCACGGGGAAAAACAACAAGGCCACAGGCCGGGCGUCUAUAAGCAGAAAAACAAAGGGCACAAACAUGGCAGGCAUCGGACGAAAGGUGAAAUUGCGAGAGAAAACAAAGGAAGAGUGUCCGUGAUAGCCCUCACCAAAAAACAGAGAAAAGAGCAACGGAAGAUGGACAGGAAGAACAAAGCCAAUCAACUACGCAAGAAUAAGAGAGAUGUGGUUCUAACAGAGAAACGCCGGUUAGGCAGCAGGGAUGGUCCUCCCAUUUUGGUUGCUGUGGUGUCGCUUCAUCCCGCAGUUGACGCUGGUGCUGUUACCAAACUGCUGCGUCAAGAGGGCACAGGCGGCGUUGUUCACCAAGAGAAGUCUGUCAGUGGCGCCAGUGACAGUUUCGGGCUGGUCGUUCCUCGUUUUAAGCAAAGGUUCACCUUUCUUAGGACCAACACAGAUGACAUACAUUCACUGCUCGAUGUAGCAAAGUUGGCGGAUAGCCUUGUGUUUGUGCUGGAUGCUGCUGAAGGCUGGGACAGCUAUGGAGACUACUGUCUCUCCUGUCUAUUUGCCCAGGGUCUCCCUAGCUGUGCUCUUGUGUGUCAGGGUGUAUCUGACCUCCCCGUAAAGAAGAAGGUGGAUUCCCGCAGGGUGUUGUCCAAAGUCAUGGAACUCCGCUUCCCCGAAGCCCGCCUCUUCCCUCUUGACACAGAGCAGGAUGUCACCCUUUUACUCAGACAUUUGGGCACGCAGAAGCAACGAAAGCUGGGCUUCCGGUCCAGACGCUCCCAUCUCGUAGCCCAGAAUGUCACUUUUACGCCCAAAGCAGUCUCUGGCGAAGGCACGCCGGGUGGCCCCGUUGGCCUCGGCACACUCUGUGUCUCCGGGUAUGUCCGUGGGCGUCCUCUCCGAGUGGACAGGCUGGUCCACAUCAGUGGACAUGGAGACUUUCAGCUGAGGCAGAUCGAUGCUCCAAGGGACCCGCUUCCCUUGAACACAACGACAGCCAGACCAGCCAAGCCUGGCAAGGAAGGAGAUGUUGACAUGCUGGAUGGUGAUGAAAUGGAGCCACCCGUGCGGGUGCUCAUGAAAGCAGACCCCUCUUGCAGGGAGAGCCUGCAGACGGAGGCAGAGGUGGACCCCAUGGAUGGAGAGCAGACGUGGCCCACAGAAUCAGAACUGCUGGAGGUCAAAGAGGCCAGAAAGAGCAAACGUGUGAUCAAAGUCCCAAAAGGAACGUCUGACUACCAGGCAGCGUGGAUAGUGGACGAUGACGACGAAAAUGGUGAUCUGGACGAAGAAAGUAGCGAUGAUGAUGACUGCGAUGAUGAAAUGAUGGAUGAGGCCCCUGAUGGAAAUGACGACGACUCACAGGAUGCAGGUUCAGAUCUUGCCUCAGAAGGGGAGGAUGAAGGAGAAGAGGAGGAGGAACUGUGCUCCACAGAGCGAGCAGGAGCCGACCAGCGUUACGACGAUCACAUGGAUGAGGCGGAAGAAGAGGAAGGUCUCAAACGUUACCGCGAGGCACGAGCCAAUGAGAUGUUCCCUGACGAGGUGGACACACCCCUUGAUGCGGCUGCCAGAAUCAGGUUCCAACGCUACAGGGGCCUUAAAAGUUUCCGGUCAUCCCCCUGGGAUUCCAUGGAGAACUUGCCUCACAACUAUUCACGUAUCUUCCAAUUCCAGAGCUUCGAGCGCACCCGCCGCCGCAUCCUGACUGAAGCCGCUGAAGAGGAGGAGGGAGCCAUGGUGGGCUGGUACGUCACACUCCACAUCAUUGAUGUGCCCUCCUCCGUGAUGGAGAGCGUGCAGGCAGGCAGGCCGCUGGUGCUGGUGUCCCUCCUCCCCCAUGAACAGAAGAUGUCGGUGAUGCACCUUUUGGUGAGGAGGCACCCCAGCAACACGGAGCCCAUCAAGUCCAAAGAGGAGCUGGUUUUCCACUGUGGUUUUCGGCGGUUCAGGGCCUCACCCAUCUUCUCUCAGCAUACCUCUGCGGACAAACACAAGAUGGAGCGCUUCCUCAGGCCAGACGCCCCCACUGUGGUGUCGGUGUACGCUCCCAUCACGUUCCCCCCCACAGGAGUCCUGCUCUUUAAACAGAGGGAUGAUGGCGGGCAGGAUCUGGUGGCUACAGGCAGCCUGCUCAGUUGUGACCCUCAGCGCGUUGUGCUCAAGAGGAUUGUGCUGAGUGGACAUCCGUUCAAAAUUAACCGGCGCUCUGCCGUCGUCCGUUACAUGUUCUUCAACAAGGAUGACAUCAUGUGGUUCAAACCUGUGGAGUUGCGCACCAAAUGGGGUAGGAGGGGCCACAUCAAAGAGGCUUUAGGAACACAUGGUCACAUGAAGUGUGUGUUUGAUAGCCAGAUGCGCUCUCAAGACACGGUCCUGAUGAACUUGUACAAGAGGGCCUAUCCUCGUUGGACGUAUGACCCCUACGUGCCCUUGCCACUGCCCUGGUUUAAACUGGAGUCGAUGGUAGACGUGCAGGACUUGGACAUGGAGUAGCAUGACGUGGCACGGAUUUCAGAACAAAUAUAUCAUUGGUAUUGAAUAAAAUUAAUUCAGACUCCA